AUGUGGAUAGACAGUGUUCGACAGUUCAUCCUCAAUUAUUCCUGGCUAUCAACACCUAUCAUUGCGGCAAUUGGAUGGUGCCAGACCUGGGUUAUUGCCUCUAUUUUUCUUUCCAUCGGAAAAUCCAAUGAGGUUGUUGCGGCCAUUGAAGAGUCACGACUGCAGAGUUCUUUCGUGAGAUAUUAUAAUCAAGACAGAGAUGAUCCAGGUGUCUCGGGAACGUCCACAUGUAAUUAUGUUGCAGAGCAAAGGUACACGGGUCUAGCAAAGCGCACGGUCCUUGCUGCAUGGCUUGCAGACACUUCCACCGCAACUCCCAAAAAGACCGUUGGCGUCAUGUCGAUGGACCCUGGGCUCAGCACGCAGCUUCUUGACCUUUAUCACUCCGUCUGUAAUGCAGGCUUCCUUGCAUACGUGUCAUUUGUCAUUCAAAUUGUCGGCUCUCUCUACGGUAUCGUGACAGUCUCGAUCAUCUGGGCAGAUGAUGCGCAUCUCAUGCAACAAGCUUAUGGCGUCCAACUACAGCAACAACUCGCCGCGCUCACUAUCAACCGCGGGAUGUGGUCCAUUGCGGCUCUUGGCGCAUUCUUUCCGUGGGCACCUCUUCACGCUCUCUAUUUGACGACGGCUGUUGCUGUUGCACUAGAAUUUCUCUUCGCUGCCAGGGGAUUUGUUAUUGGCUGGCAUAUGAGCCUGCUUCCUGGUAUCCUCCGUUUCUUUGUUGUCUUUUCGUGGCUGCUUCCUAGCGCGGAAGCGUUAACGCUAAUAUUUGGUCUUAUCGCAAUGAAGAUGGAGGUUUCAUUCAUUUCCGCCAAGGUGAUCAUCUUCGGGCUCCCGGCACUGUGGUUAAUAAUCGGGCCGUUGCUUAUCAUCGGAGCAUCGUUGGGAUCGCACUUUGGCAUGUUGAAUUGUCUUGUUGCCAAUUCUAGCUUGUGCGCCACAGCUUGA